UAAUCAACUUCAGCAGCUUGACAGAGCAGAGCAGUCGCAACUCCGCAGAGAGCCUGACGGACUCCGACUGAGGAUGCUCUCAGUGGCUCCCGAUCCUCAUGAACAGAGGUUUUAAUCAUCAUCAGGAGGGACGCAGAGGAAUCAAACACGAUGCCUCUUCUGCGAUGGAUUAAACUGUUUCAAAUGGGAUAUUAAGCAUCACUCAGAGAUUAAGAAGGUUUUUUUCGUUUCGGGCUCUUUCUUUGUGCAGUUUGCUUCCGACUCAGGCACUUGUGAAUACUUCUUAACUUGGAUUUACUUUUGAUUUUUUUUUUCCAGAUGGAUUAUUUAAACCUCUCUAAUUUUUCUCUCAUAGACUCUAAUUCAACAACAACAACAACAGAUGGGACUCUACAUUGCAGCUCCAUCCUGCACGUCAUCUCUGGCAUCAUCUGCUUUCUGGGCAUCAUGGGGAACUGCAUCGUCAUUUACACCAUCAUGAAGAAGACCAAGUGCCGGGCCAAACAAACCGUUCCGGAUAUAUUCAUCUUGAACCUAUCGCUCGUCGAUCUCCUGUUUCUCCUCGGGAUGCCGUUCCUCAUCCACCAGUUGCUGGGCAAUGGCACCUGGCACUUUGGAGCGGCUAUGUGCACAGUCAUCACCGCGCUCGACUCCAACAGCCAGAUUGUGAGCACUUACAUCCUCACUGCGAUGACACUCGACCGUUACCUGGCUACGGUCCAUCCCAUUCGCUUCAACUACAUCCGCACACCUUGUGUGGCGGCGCUGGUGAUCGGCUUGGUGUGGGGUCUGUCUUUGCUCACCAUCAUUCCCGUGUGGAUGUACGCCGGCCUGAUGACUCUCCCCGAUGGCAUGGUCGCCUGCGCUCUCCUCCUGCCUGACCCGGUCACCGACAUAUACUGGUUUACACUCUACCAGUUCUUCUUGGCGUUUGCUAUUCCGCUGGCCAUCAUCUGCCUGGUGUUCUUCAAGAUCCUGCAGCACAUGUCCACCAGCGUGGCCCCGCUGCCUCCCCGGAGUCUGAGGGUGCGAACCCGGAAGGUGACCCGGAUGGCGGUGGCCAUCUGCCUGGCGUUCUUCAUCUGCUGGGCCCCUUACUACAUCCUCCAGCUGGUCCACCUCGGCGUGCAGAAGCCAAGCCUGGCCUUCUCCUACGCCUACAACAUAGCCAUUAGCAUGGGUUAUGCUAACAGCUGCAUCAACCCAUUCCUCUACAUCAUCCUCAGCGAGACAUUUAAGAGGCGGCUCUACAGGGCGGUUCGGCCAAUCAACAGAAAGUUCCGCGUGAACCCGAGCACGACAGAUGGUGGAAGUGUGAGCGUGAGGAUGAUUCCUGAGGGGGCUCAGCAGGAGCCGGCGUCAGGGGAGAUGAUACCAUCCAAUGUGGCCCCACAGUGAAUCAUAACCACAGAAGAAGAAUGGAAAUAAUUAGCCCUGCUUAUCCUACAUCUGAUCAGCUCUUUGAAUGGAACAAUAAGACAAUGCAAAGUGUUUUGGUAUGAUUGCCUAAUGUCUGCACAUCAGCUCAAAAAGUCAUAUUUUCAUACACUGGGAGCUCAAAGAACCAUCCCUAAUCCGUAGAUUAAACCUGUUCAAACGAUAAGAUACCGUUAUUUACACUGAUAUGAGUUUGUACGUGUUAUGCAGCUAAGAAAACUGUAAAACAGAUUUUAUAUUUAUGUUUCAGUGUACAUAUCUAAAAAUCAUUCAGCUGUACUUCUUGUGUUUACAACUUGUUCCUUGUGCCAUGUUUGUCAGAAAAAAAACCAUUUUGAACCGAUAAGGUCUGUGAGUAAACACGGCCGCACGACAUCAGCCUUUGCGUAUCCUGCGGUGGUUUGGAGCGUUGGUUGUGCAGGUCCUCAAAAAAUUAACGCUACCCGUCAAUACUAUCCAGAAUGAAUAUAACCGCUUCAAUACAAAACCAAAGCUGUGUAGCAUUUUCAGCGCUCAGCGCACACAGCAAAACAAAACAAAAAAACACCCUCGGCUGUCUUUGUCGAUGUGCUCGAAGCUGCCACGCUCAUCGAUGUCGCCUCUUCCUCACUGACCAAUCAAAAUCAAGAAGGGACGGGGCUUCUGAUAUCAGCUUUGACAACAACAAUGGCGGAGGAGAGGCUCGUCUGACUUUCCAGGUGUGGAGCCGCUGCUAAUGCCAGGACCUUGACAUUCCUUUCAUGUUCUUUGGUGAUAGUUCUUUGAAUAAAAAGCAAAUAUUAAGCACGCAGAGCUAUCUAAAACUGACCUGAAUGUCAUUACCGAGGGAAUGGAGGUUAAUUUUCAUAACCUACAGCAACACUGAUUGUCAGGUGAGAAGUGCUCUGAAACUGAGGUUGUGGACGCUGACAGCACAAGGACCGCCUUUAGAGGACACAGGCCCUCAUUCUCUACUUCAACUUUUAUCAUUUACCCUUUGGAGACGGAAUACAGUAUCGCCUAACCAGAGGCAAACGCCUUCGCCUGAAUCGACUUUGACGAUGGAAUUGUUCCCGUCAGCUUAUUGGCGUAUCGGUCAGAACAGUGGUGUGGGCGGGUUGGACAGCCUGGUCACUCAAGUCAUUUGCUUCUAGUGCACAAAAUGCACCAUGAACUCCUCUUCAUUUAGUUUUCCUCCUGGUCAGUUCAAAAUAAUUACAUACCAUUUCAUAGCUUGAGCACAAACACACGAUAAGAGAGGAAACACACACAUUUCUGAGCACACUAAUCGAGACAAAGACAUUCCUGAGACCACAGUGCUCCGAGACCAGGACAAGACAAAGACCAAGGCAGGGGGAGACCGAGACAAGACCAUAAAUAUCAGUAAAAAAUCAUCAAAAAGUAAUCUUGUGUGUAGGGGGUUUGUCACUCUCUUGAGACCAAGACUGAUUUUGAGUUCUAUCACUAAGUGAUUAUAUGUCUUUACAUUGACUGUGUUGAAUCUGCUUUAUAUUUUGUAUGUAUACAAUUUAAUUUAGGACUUUACAUGACGGGUCAAGGUUAAAAAAAAACUACUGAACUUUCAACCAUUUGGAGGGAAAACAUUUAGACCAAAG